AUGGUGUUUGGCCUGGAAAUGGAAAACAGGAAGCAUUUCAUUGCGCAUACCUGUGACGUAGUAUUCUCUGAUCCCGCCCACGUGUGGUGGUCGAGAAAAAUGAUGUCGCGCUCCUUCAUAAACAGGACCACAAUGUUAUGCAGAUGAUUUAGGGAAAGUUUCGAGCUAUACGACCACACGGCAAGAAUACAUACUACGAUACGGUUACGAACAUUGUGUAUCCCAGCUGGAGAAGCCAAGAGUGGGAUAUUAGCAUCUACAGAAGAAUACAAAUUUGUGGAACAACUGAUAUCACCUUCACGAGUGCCCUUUCCCCCUAAACAUGAGGGUCCUUCCCCAUUUGGCUGGACUCCCCCAUCAGAGGUGCCUCUUGCUUUACCAUACAUGAUCUGUCGCUCCCAAAUGCACAAUGUUCCUGUCUACACUUACCUCACCCAUGGCAGUCACAACAAGGUUGAAGGGAACAUCUGGGCUUUUGAGAAGGAUGUUAAGGAGUACCUGCAACAGCUUACUGGCAAACACCUGCCAACCCAGGUCAAUGAAGUGACCAUGACAAUUCGAGUCAAAGGUCACUUUGAUACAGCGCUGAAGGAGUGGCUGGUGAAGGAGGGAUUCUAAGUCGACCUUUGGUGAGGAGGUAAACUGUCGCAGAACAGUUGUCAAAGAAAAAUAGUGCUUACUUUUCUAUAUGCACCCAACAUUUUCAAAUGAGUGGAUAAAUAAGAGACAGUUGUUUAUUUAUGUCCAUGUCAAUUAUAUUUGUUUGUAUGUAACACCUUACGCUUAAAUGACAAGAGUUCUUCAAAUUUGAAUAAUUAAAUGGCCAAUUGCUAUGGG